GCCUUUGUAAAGGAUCAUCACCAGCGACACCGCACCUGUGUAUUGUAGUACAGCCAUUUCAUCCUAUGGUACUUUUAUCUCCAAAUCGUGUAAUCGCCUAGGCACCUUGUCAUGCUGGCCCCUUCCAGAAACCACAGAGCAGAAGCAAAGUUCAAUGUCGCUACCGAAUUCCCACAUCUAGGACUUCAUUCAGCUGCUGUAUCAGGCGACAUCGGACUAGUUCAGUUUGCUCUCAAUCAUGGCCAACCCGUAAACUCUGUUUUAGACGGCGUUUUACCUUUACAUGCUGCUUGUGCAGGUGGUAAUGAUCUCGUAGUCAAUCUUCUCAUCAAAUACGGAGCAGACGUCAAUGCACCAAGACUUCCCCGCAGGUACUCUGAUCGCAGCCGUGACUCUGCCGCUCCUAUAGUUGGUACUUCUGGUGCAACCCCACUUCACUUCGCUGCUGCAAACGGUCACGCAAGCAUCGUUCGCACCCUUCUUAUCCAUGGCGCCCAUCCUAAUCGUCCAGAUAAGCACGGUAUCACCCCUGAGAUUAUUGCCCGUCAGAAUGGUUGGAUUGAGUGCGCUGAUAUCCUCGCAAGCGAAAUACUUGCACGUGCACGCGGUGACAAUACACCUGAUAGCGAUAGUCAUUCCUCCAGGGAACGUCCCCAUCCCUGUAUCGAGCACGUCGAGUCUUCCCUCAGGAAGAAGCUCCACUUCAAACGCUCUAUCGACCAUGCUCUCACCGCACUCAAGUCCGCAAGCGCCACCCCUGAUAUCGAUCAAAAACCACCCUUUGUGCGCUCAGGCUCCUCUGAACAAGACGUCUUACAACCUCAAGAUUCGCCUUCGUCUGAUCGCCGCCCAUCUCUCCCUCAUAUCUACGACGAACAACCCCAGCGCCUCCCACUCCCAAAAGCCUCACGUCGCCCGAGAUCGGCAGGCACAGGCGCCGAGGCUACCUCUCCCCGCAAACUAAACUCAAAGCUGUCACUCCUUAGCCUGUUCAAGAAAUCAAAUGUAGACGCCUCUUCGUCAAGCGUUACCUCCGUCUCAGAGCCCCCGAUCAAUUCCCCCUCUUCAUUGCCCGUUCCUGUACCUGGGACAGCAUCUCCCGCAUCACCUGCGGCAAUAUUAUCUUCCCCACGCCUCUUCCCCACACCACUCUCAUCAUCUCCGCACGAGAUAUCCACACAUGACCUCUACCGCCGCAGGCUAGAAACUAAUUCCGCACGCGCUUCCCCUGACCCCAGUCCAUGGCAUCGUUCCACCAGUUCCUCGUCCACACCUGGUGAAGAAAUACCGCCUGAGCCAACAGCCCCUGUGAGACAGGGCAUACUGCGCAUGCACACCCGCUCAACUUCAGGCCACGGCUCCCAGCAACCCUCCUCGUCCCGUAUCAUCCGCUUUGACAACUCCUCCUCCAGCUCCUCCUCUCUCACCGCGCGCGCGCGCAGCCCACCUUCACGCGGGAGCGUUCCACAUGACAGCCGCCUGCGUACGCUCAGCAUGGGCUCCUCAGCAGGUGCCCCGGACAUCGAUCGUAUACCAGACACGAUCGAAGAGUCUCCACGAAUCCCCCAAUCCCCUCCUCCCAUCCUCGUCAACGCCAUCGACCUCGACGACCUCGAAGACGAAGAUGAAGAAUACGGCGUACCUAUUGUCCACUCCGCAUCCACGCCAAAUAUCAUGCUCACCCCCGACCGCGCAGUAACAGUACCCGCUCGGUUCCCAUUCAGCAUCAACGUGCCACCUCCUCCUGACGAUAGUAUUUUGUCUUCUGAAAGUCGCCUGCGUGGAGACUCCGUGAGCAGUUCAGGCACGACAGGUACUGCGAGCACAUUCACACAAUCUAGCGCAAGCGACUCGCCAUGGCCUCCAACGCCCCACCUCUCUGGUGCCAGUCCCCUAAUCGUGUCCCGUUCCAUGGACACGGACACUGACAUAAACAUGGGCAUGGACGCACUCCCCAUAUCCCCACGCGUUCAUAGAACGCCUUCAGGUCUUAACAUCUCCUCGAUAUCUUCACGAGCAGAGGUAGAAGCGCUCGUUCAGCGGGCGCAGCAGUCUGUGCUUGAUAUGGCUGUUGAUUUGGAAGAGAAUACGAGGAGGGAUCAAGGGACUGGACGGACGCCUUUGAGCUUGAGGUUGGCAAUGUUUGGAGAGAGUUUGGCUAUUGAGAGGAGGAUGAAAGAAGAAGAGGAUGCUGUUGGAAAGGAGGUGCUGGUUGUUGAUGUGGGGACGACACCUGUCGGGAAUGGUUUGGGUGUAGGUGAGAGGUCUUUGUUAUCGAGCAGUAGACCUCAGGCUGUGGAGUUGAGUUUUUCGAGGAGUAGCAGUAGGAGUGGCGCAUCUAGCGAGGACACGUCGCUGCAACACGGUACGCGGAUAGCACCGAACGAAAUCAGACGGACGGCUUCUGUUGAUUUCAGGCGGACGAUGUCAGAUUCACCCUUUGACGGCAUGUCGCGAACUUCAGACAACACCCGACGUAGACGCAGUCCUCUCAUCGCAUCGCGACACCUACCCCUCCCGCACCACGACGCGAACCAGCAUCCACAUCCCUUGCCGCUCCCCAGCCCACGCACGCAGAAAUCAUUUGAGACAUUUACGUGCACCCCUGACUCGUAUGAUCCAGAUGAAGAUACAGAACUGACGGGUUUGGGUAUGGGCUUGGGUGUACCGCUCUCGCGCAUCUCGACAGCUCCUACACAUGCUGGACACAUAUCCACGACGCGGAACGCACCAACAACACACGUCAUAUCAACAACGCGUAACUUAUCACCAUCUACACGUAGCAUCUCAUCGACAGCUGCACGUAACAUCCCAACGACAGCACGCAGCGCAUCGCCAGCAGCACGGACCACAGGAUCACGUGACAUAUCAUCAACGCCAGCAACACGAAGCGUUAAUAAAUUAUCUCGAAUGGGAUUCUCGACGUUGGAGGGGUGGCAGCCAACACCGAUAACCACGAGUCCGCCGCCUACAAAGCAGAGAUUUGGGGGGAUACGAACAAUUGUUAGGGGGUUUCAAGGGAAGUAGGUGUAUCCUUGAUGCCUAUAUCUCGCGGUAAACUUGGACUCGGAUGUCUCUAUGCAUAUGCCUGGCAGGCUUCCGUUUCAUGACCAGAGCUUAUUUAUUAGACGCUGUGUUGUGUGUUUUCUGCGUGUUUUGGUUUUCUUGCAUUUUUGCCUUGUAUUCUCCAUCAUUGCCGUCGUCGUCGUUGUCGUGUUUAUUGCUGUUGUUGUAGUAUGGUGCUUGCGAUAACUUACUUGUGUUACAUUGACAUUGUAACAUAUGCACUUUUUGAUACCUGUUUGUAAUUUUAUUGGGUAUGACUCGUUCCAAAUUGCCGGUAGUUGCGCUUUCGGAAUGUAUAGUUUGGGG